UCCAUGAAGUGCGUGUUGGCGGGCGACCAGCGGGUUGGUAAGACUUGCCUGCUGUCCUGUUAUGCCAGGUCCAAAUUGGUCGAGGCUUCUACUUCCUAUGUACCAACUACUUUCGAUAACUAUGCAGUUGACGUGACGGUGGAAAAGAAGCCGAUCAAAGUGCAGAUCUGCGACACGUCUGGCCAGGAUGACCUGGCCUCAUUGAGAAGUGUUUGGUUUUCCUCAACGGAUGUUUUCCUGCUUUGUUUCAGCACCGCCGACUUACAAUCAUUUGAGAACAUCAAAACAAAAUGGCUACCGGAAGUGAACAGGUGCUCACCUGACAGCCCAGUUGUAUUAGUUGGGUUGCAAACCGACCGAAGAAAUGAAGAAACGAGCAAUCAACAUGACUUCGUUUCAACCAAAAUGGCACAAAAUCUCGCCAAUUCAUCGCCGUGCUUCGUAGGUUACGUCGAAUGU